GAUGUUUCCCGCAAUGAGAGUGAAGAUCUCAGGUUUAGACCCACAUCAGCAGUAUUAUAUUGCUAUGGAUAUUGUGCCAGUGGAUAACAAAAGAUACAGGUACGUUUAUCAUAGCUCCAAAUGGAUGGUGGCUGGCAAUGCCGACUCGCCGGUACCACCUCGUGUUUAUAUUCACCCCGAUUCGCCCGCCUCGGGGGAGACGUGGAUGAGGCAAGUGAUCAGCUUCGACAAACUGAAGCUUACCAACAACGAGCUCGAUGAUCAAGGGCAUAUUAUCCUGCACUCUAUGCAUAAAUAUCAGCCUCGUGUCCACGUCAUCCGUAAGGACUGUGGAGAUGAUCUGUCCCCCGUCAAGCCUAUACCUUCAGGAGAAGGAGUCAAAGCCUUCUCCUUUCCAGAGACAGUUUUCACUACCGUCACAGCGUACCAAAAUCAACAGAUAACUCGCCUGAAGAUUGACAGAAAUCCAUUUGCCAAAGGAUUUAGAGAUUCAGGACGUAACAGAAUGGGACUGGAAGCUUUGGUAGAGUCUUAUGCCUUCUGGAGACCCUCACUGAGGACACUUACAUUUGAAGACAUACCUGGGAUACCCAAACAAGGAAAUGCAGGUUCCUCUACUUUACUCCAGGGAUCUGGCAGUGGAGUGCCAUCUACCCACCCUCACCUCUUGCCGGGUUCCCCUUGCUCGUCUCCAGCCUUCCAUCUCAGUCCCAACACUAGCCAGCUCUGUAGCCUUGCUCCGGCUGACUACACAGCUUGUGCCCGCUCAGGCUUGACCCUGAACAGAUACAGCACUUCUUUGGCUGAAACCUACAACAGGCUCACAAACCAAACCAGUGAGACGUUUGCACCCCCAAGGACUCCCUCUUAUGUUGGUGUGUCGAGUAGCACAACUGUGAAUAUGUCCAUGAGUGGCAAUGAUGGGGAUGCAUUCAGCUGCCCACAAACUGGCUUAUCUAUGCAGAUUUCAGGGAUGUCUCCACAGCUCCAGUACAUCAUGCCAUCCCCAUCCAGCAAUGCCUUUACCACUAAUCAAACCCACCAAGGCUCCUACAACACGUUUAGACUGCACAGUCCCUGUGCACUGUAUGGAUAUAACUUUUCCACAUCCCCUAAACUGGCUGCCAGUCCUGAGAAAAUUGUUUCUUCCCAAGGAAGUUUCUUGGGGUCCUCGCCAAGUGGAACCAUGACGGAUCGGCAGAUGUUGCCCCCUGUGGAAGGAGUGCACUUACUUAGCAGUGGGGGGCAGCAGAAUUUCUUUGACUCCAGGACCCUAGGAAGCUUAACACUCUCAUCUUCUCAAGUGUCUGCACAUAUGGUUUGAUGAAGCCUUUAAGUAGAAGUACAGUGUGUUUGGUGUCUACAAUGUAUUUCUUUUGGAAUAUGAAAGGACACUCAAUGUAGCUUGUAAAGUGUGUGUAUAUAUAAUAUGAGAGGAAGUUUCACUGAAUUUUUGACUUGCUUGUGGCCAGAUUAUUCUCCUAUUUUGAGUUGCGCAGAGUUUGUUGUGGCGCGGACUGCUUUAGUUUUCUGGUAUAAUACACUUAGUUGUAUAACACGUUGGGACAUAUGAAACAAAUUAAGUAAGACUUCCUCCCCUUUUCCCCUUCCUCUGUUCUAACCCUUUUAAAGAAUGAAAUGACACUUAGAGUAUUAAACAACACAAACAAGCCCACUUACAUUUCCUGUAGUACUAGUGAGUUUCUUUAAAACAUUCAUACAAUGAUAAGCUGAUGCACCGAAGACAUUUUACAAGUUUAUUCUGUUAUAAGGGAUAUGAAGGGUAUUUGAACUUAAAGCGUUAAGCAUCAAGCAUCCAGCCUAAAACAGAAGCUUAGCUAAUGGAUUAUUUAUACAAAGUGAACGGAAAGAUUAGUUUGCCUUCUUAUGAUAUGCUGUUUCUAACUUAGCAGCAGCAUGGCAUUCUUACUAGGAUUUUUUUCAGUGUUAGUCUAGGUUUAUGAUUAGGUGUUUAAAGACAGCAUUUAAAGACAAAUAUAAUGCAGAUUCAAAGUGUGGUGAUAUGCAUAAUUUAAACCAACAGCAGAGGAAGCAGCAUUCCGUGGUACAGAAUGAACUUUGGGGUGCUUCAUUUUGCCAAAAGAAGGGCUUGAUGCAUUUUUUUUUCACCAUAAAUAUUGCCUAUAAGACAUUUACUGGACGGUAGGAUAUUCUAAUGUAUCUUUGUUUUUGUAUUUUUGCUUUUUUAAAGGAAAAUGCAGUUUUGAUUAAAAAAAGAAAAAGUGAGCAGGAUGAGAAAUUCCGUUAUCAGUUUUACCCUUUUGUGUGUGUUGUGUUUUGGGGUGUUUUUUUAAUAAGGGCAAAAUGUCCUCCAUCCUCAGAAUCUCAGAAAUAAAUUGCUUGUACCAGCUAGGCAGAUAACCCAGUUUGCCCGCAAACUGUUGCUGGAAGCAGAACUUUGUAGUAGCUGCCUCCCUGUAACUUGGCCAGAUUGGGACCAGGAUUACAAUAGGCCAAAUUCCCAUAAUGGUUUACUUUGAAUGCUACAGCAUGAUACCUGCAGCCUAUUUCCCUCCCUCCAGGGAGCCUUCUGUCUUCCUUUCUUGUUCCUUUCUGUCAUGAGGUUACUACUGCUCUGUUUCUCAAACAGUCUUUGCCGUGGAUUUUAAGUAGUUCACUUCCUUCCCAUCUCUGGUUUUAACCAGUGUUCAUAAAAGCACAGAUCAAAAUCCAUUCCUCACCAGGCUCCUCCAGAAUGACAAGGGCUUGGGGAGAUACUUGUGUCACAGGGAAGCUUGUGCUCUUGUCUAUGCCUGCACAGCCCCUGCGCGCCUCAGUCCUGCUGUGAAAGCUGCCAGUCAGCUGCCCACCUGUCAGAGCGUUAAAUGUGGAGGUUAUGGGACGCGUUUUAAUGCUUGAGAGAAUAGUUCUUCUUCUACAUUACACUAAGCCUCCUUUGUAUUAUGCAGGUGGUUUAAAGGCAUCUUAAAGUGGGUGCAAAUGUGAUUGAAAAUGCUUCCCUGGCCAGCACUGUGGAAAGGAGAAUAAGGCCUUCAAAGUUUACAUUUUCCUCUGUCAGAUUUCAGUAAAAGUAGUUCGUUAUGUUUCUCGAAAGUUCCUAUGUGUUUUCUGGCAAAGAGUGACUUAAUCACUCCCACUUUUAAGAAAAACUCAUUGCAACUAAUAUUUCUUCAUUGGGCUAGAGAUAAUGGGUAGAGGAACAGACCCUUCUCUCUCUCUUCUUACUACUUGGAAAGAGGAAAGAAACCACAAUACUACUUAAUUAAGCUCUUGCCCAGAGAAUGCUUUAUUUAUAUUAGUUAUUUAUAUGUUUAUGUUAAGGAAGAUGCCAAUUUAUGAAGUUCUCAUUCAGAGCUGGAAAGACUAGAGGAUGAAUCUGUAGUUUAGAAUCUGUGGUUUUGUUUCUCUGCUCUGUCACAAACUACCCGAGUGACACUGGGUACUUCACUUAGCCUCUCUGCAUUUGAAUUUCUUUCAACUGUAAAAUGGAAUAGCACUUUGCUGCCUCACAGUAUGCUAAAGAUGCAAGGGUAUUUAGACAGUGUUCAUAUAUGAGGGUAACAAAGCAUUUAUGUAUUUUGGAUCUGUUGCUGGUUUUGGUGUUUUAGUUUCCUUUGAGUCAGAUCUCCAAGCAAAGACUUCCAAUGCUAAAACACUGCUCAAAAACCCAAAACUAAUAAUUUGUAAAAUGAUUUUAAAAUGUGCAGAAGAUGGGCAAUUUUUCAGCUAUGUAAAUUGCCAUAGCUGCAUUGAUUUACUUAGCAAGGCGCAUGCGUAGUAAUUUCUGCUCUAGCCCAAACUUUGAAAUGUUGCCAUUGGACAAAGCUGUAAAUGGAGGCAGCGGUGCAAUUAGUCUGCACUUGAAAAAGGGUAAGCAAGACAAUUCUCCAUGUUAUCUUAAGGGGCUGUGGCUGGGUAGAAAUAUGGAAGAGCUAAAUCACGCAUAUUCCUACAAGGGAAAAACAAAGGUUUAUGCAUGGAGGUGCUCCUGGUAAUACUAUGUUCUUUGUCACCUGGGAUUUUUUUAGUACUGGUCUCCUAUUUUUCCUCAAAUUACUCUUAUCAUUGUAACCGCACAAUAUUGUUUGAAACAUUUGUUCCUUAAAAUUUGAGUCAUAUUGUAAAUACUUGUUGGUGUGUCAUUGUGAAAAGACUAGCUUUUUAUCAACAUAGUAAAUGCUAUAUAUGCGUUAUAUCUAUAAUUAUAUAUCUGUAUUUUACAAAAAUGCCACAGAAAAUAUAUUAAAGUGUGUAUCUAAACACUUUUUACUACCUUUGGAAAAUUAAGGGGCUUGGGCCUUUUUUUUGUCUACAGCUUCCACAAAAACAAAUAACUCUAAAGUGAGCUCUGAAAUUCAAAGACGUAAUAAGCUGCAAGGAUCCAACUAGUCCACAAUUCUUACACAUUUCCAUUUAACUUUAUCGUGUUGAACUGUCAUUUGUGUGUGAAGGCCAUGAGAGAUGUUGCGCAUAAGGAUAUUCAGGGCCUGAUAGCAGAGCUGUGAGGGCUGUAUUUGGGAAGCAGAGAACAAGGAGCUUGCAAGGCCAACCAGCCACGGAUGGAACCUUGCUGGUGCUUCAUACUCAAGCUCAUCCCAGCUACCACGACAAGUUCAGCUGCCCAUUUUCAGCCAGAUCUGAGAAAUUAACACUUACGUGUGAUCAGGUGCUCCAGGGAGAGCUUUGAUGAUACCCUGUACAUUUUCGCUCUGUGCUCUUUGGCUGUUCGUUUUAGGGCUCAGGGCCUGCAAAUAUAAUUACAUUGAAAUGAUAGUGUUUCAUAUUCACUUAACACCAGCAUUGUUGCAGAUGACCAGAAUUAGGAUAAGAGAAGUAGGUUUGAAAUGAUCAGUCAUAAAUAUCAGGCCAGAUUCUGCUCUGGAGAGUGGAAACUCCUGAUUUUAAUAAGAGAAGAGCCUCUCUUUAUAGUGGUACGAUCAGACUCUUGAGAAGUCAAAUGUCCUGCUUGAACAGAGGAACAGGAGCAACUUUAAGAUCACAGACAGUGUUGGCAUUCAUGCUAGCAAGUCUAUACUGUGAGCAGUUCAACAAUGGAAACUUAAGUCAUCAUGAGAAGUAGCCCACAGGUUCUGUGGUCGUAUUUUUUGUAUUAACAUAGUAGACCUAAUUAGUCCAUAUAGAAGUAUGUUUAAAAACAGCUGCAGAGUAGCUACUUUUAGAGACUUAUGUACAAACUUCACAUAUGAAAUUAUUAUUUGCUGCACUCCUCUCAAUAUGCUCUCAAACUCUCAUGGCGUGAUUGUUUAAGUUUACUCUUUACGUUUAAUAUCAGUAACUACAAUUUAUCAUAAAGAGGUAACUGCUGAUGCUUGUAGGCUAACUUUCCACCUCUGCUGAACAAAUGUAUGGAUUUGUCAAUUGAAUGCUUUGUUAAUAUGAUCCUCGGACACAACAUUUCUUUUUGUGCUUAACAUAAAGUAGUUGAUAUGUGAAUUUAAUUUAUGCCAAACUACAGUAACAAUUCUGCUUUAUUUUCCACCAUAUUCCUUGGUUACCCAGCUAAUUCAAAACACUGUCAUGCCAAGAUGGCAUACUCUUUUAACACGUGGUGUCAUACUUCAU